UCUUGUUGGGAAGAGUGAAGGAGUACUUAUUUUAAAAAAAUCUGAUGCUACAUUAGAAGAAUUUUUUAUUUGCUUAGAAGAAUCAUAUCCUGAAUUAAAAGCUAUUCAUGACAGCUAUAUUAUUGCUCAUAAUUUAGAAUAUGUUUCAGAUAAAAAAAUUAAUAUAACAUUUCAAAAAGGAGACGAAGUUGCUAUAAUUCCUCCUCUUAGUGGUGGUUAAAAAUGUUCAAGACUUAUUUAAAUGAAUUUAUGCUUACUUUGACUAAAGAAAAACUUGAUGUUGAAACUGCGUUAAAAUUUGUUGUUCUGCCGACCACAGGUGGAACUUCUAUUUUUGUUGGCACAACGAGAAAUAAUUUUCAAAAUAGAAAUGUUGUAACACUGUUUUAUGAAGCUUAUGAACCAAUGGCAAAGAGUGAAAUGCUAAAAAUAUCGCUUGAAGCCCAAAAAAAAUUUAAUGUAGCAAGGAUAUGUAUAAUGCAUCGCUUGGGUGAAGUUCCUAUAGCAGAAUCUAGUAUUAUUAUUGCUUGCUCAUCUGAACAUAGAUCAAAUGCAAUCAAUGCAGUUGAAUUUUUAAUAAACAAAUUAAAAUCUAAAGUACCAAUAUGGAAAAAAGAAAUAUAUGCAGAAGGGGAUUUUACUUGGAAAGAAAAUCCUGAAGUUUUUUGGAAAUGUUAAAUUUUUAUAUUUUAUUUUGUAUUAAUUUUAAUUUUUUUUUUCUUAUUUUUCUAUUUUGUUAAAUUUUUUACCAAUUAAUUUAAUUUUUUAGUAAAAUGUUUUUGUAGUAAAUUGUAUUAGCAAGUUACAAUAUCUGUUAUUCAGCCCUCAGAAUUAGGAAAAACAAACUUGGCAAUAAAUUGACAACCUCAAACUCAAACCUCAAACUAUAAAAGGUCAGCAAAAAAAUCUUGACACAAAGAGAUUACCAAUAAAACAUAGAGAAGAGGUCAACAAUUUUUUGCCAACCUCAAACAUAUUUAGGUCAGCAUUGACAAAUGCUGACCCUAAUUCCGAUCCUAAUUCCAAGGGCCGGUUAUUACUGAUUUAGGUCUACAAAAUACUAACGUAUUCAUCACAGUUUAAUUUUUUAAUUAAAAAUUUGAUGGUUUGACUUUUUUUGCAGUAAAAAAGUUUUUUUAGCAUAGAUCAAAUUCAAAUCCUCAGUUGAUUUAUGUACUGAAGCUUUUGUAACUUUUUUUCACACCAUUCUUUGUUUUUUUCAAUUUUUGUGAAAAACCAUAUGGAUUUAGGGUGGCAAAAAAAAUCGGUAAAUGUAUCUAUAUGCGCUAAAAUAUAAAUUUGUAUACAAAUGUUAAGUGUUGUUGUUUUUUAAUAAAUAACUCAUUCAAAUAGUACCAAAAAUAGUCACUUGUAAACAUUUUUUUUUUUUUACUUUUUGUAAACAUUAUUCAUUUUCGGUACUAUUUGACCUUUUUUUUUUAAAAAAAAAACAACAAAGUUUGUAAGUCUAAAUAUUGAAAGGGUUUUGUUGCAUCCAAUGAGAGAAAAUGUUUAAAACUUUUUUGUGCUUCACAAGGGUAGGGUCUUACUUAUGACUGGGGAAUCUGGUGUAACAUUUUUUAACUGUAACAUUGUUCAACUG